CAAACCACUGUGCAAGCAAGUACAUGCCCCCUACCCUGCUCCUCUUCCUCCCUGCUCCCAGGAAAGUGUUUCCAGCAAACAGAACUACUGCUCAGACCCAUCUGUCUUCACCUCCAGCAAGAAGGGAGCAGGAUGCAGCCCGUGCUUUGGCUGGUGACCAGCGCCCUGGCAGCGGUGCUGGGCACAGCGCAGCUGGAGGAGAGCGUGUGUUUGGCACCCAACGGCCGGGAAGGCUUCCCGGGAGUCCCUGGCCUUGAUGGGAGGCCGGGGCAGAAGGGUGACGUGGGAGAACCAGGGAAAUCAACACCGAGGACAGGCAUCCGAGGAUUCAAAGGGGAUCAAGGUGAACCAGGGAUUCCUGGUCUACCAGGGAAACAGGGCUACCAGGGCCCGCACGGCCCCCCGGGGAUCCCAGGCCAGCCAGGGCCGAAAGGGGUCCAGGGCAAGGCUGCCAACGUCCUGGAGCAGCCACGUCCUGCCUUCUCUGCUUCACGGAGGUCCCCACCAUCUGUGGGCAGGACAGUGGUGUUUGACAACAUCAUCACCAACCAGGAGAGCUCCUACAGUCCCCAGACCGGGCUGUUCACUUGCCACGUCCCCGGGCUCUACUACUUUGCCUUUCAGGUGGUCUCCACUGGGGACCUCUGCCUGAGCAUCACCAAAAACAGGGAGAACGUGGUCAAAUUCUGCGACCACAACAGCCGCAACAUCCUGCAGGUGAACUCAGGCAGCAGCGUCCUCAGCCUGGCCAAGGGCGACCAGGUCUCUGUGAGCACUGACUCUGCCAGGGGCAGCAUCUACAGUGGCUCUGAGGCAGACAGCGUCUUCAGCGGCUUCAUGCUCUUCCCACAGAAGGGCUGAGGGACUACCAGUCCAGACCUGCUUAGCACCAGAGCAUUGCAGUGUGCGUGUCUGCAUGUAUUUGUCCCUUGUGAGUGUGUGGGAUGGUUUAGUAUCACAGUAAAAGAGGAUGGCCCUGAACUGAGCCACCAGACAGGUCCUGUGCUUCCACCAAUGUCACCAAGUGGCCAGGCUGUUGGUCACCACUGCAGCAGCUGUCUUGGUGCUGAGCCUGCCUGCUCCAUCCUGCAGGCAGAGCACUCAUGGCCCCAGAAGCCCUUUCUGCUCCUGGGUGCUCAGACCCCACAGCAGGGGGGACCAGUUGACACUGGGGCCAUUCACCAGUGCUUUGCUCCUGAGUGGGAAAUCACUGCGUGCCACUGCUCCUGCUGCACUAACCACUGCAAAUGCUUUUCUGGUGCUGGGUCACUACUGCCUCUCACAUCAGAAUAAAUAAACCCUUCUUCCACUAUAA